AUGAAUGACGACGAAAUUGUUGAAGCUCUUUGGUCAUCUGAUAAGUUUUCUGAAUUUGAUGAUGGUGAUGUAGAUCCAGACUUUGCUUUGGUAAAUAUUGCUUAGUUUAUAAUAUUUUUUUUAGUUGGUACAAAUAUUGAGUAGUAGACUACUAAUUCUACUAAAUACUAGUCUAUUAAAUGCAUUAGCAUUAUUUACUACUGUGACUGGUCAUAAAAUGAGUGUAACAGAAUUUAGAGAGAACAUAGUUCAAGCUUUAAUAACGAAAGCCAACAUAUCAAUGAUACUCAAACCCAAUGAAGGAGAAAUUCAUAAACUUAUUAAUUCUAAUCGUGGUAGAUGUUCAAAUUGUUAUUUCGAAAUGGUUCAACAAGGUGGAAGGAAUCACGUGCAAAAAGUUACACGUAAAAUACAAACAUUGUGUCCAGGUUGUUCGAAACACUUCUGUUUAGAUUGUUUUUUUAAAACACAUUCAACAAAAAAAAUAAAUAAUUUUAAGAAUCAUAUUAUUAGUUUUUAAGCUGUAUGUAAUAUAUUUAUGUUUGAUAUAUUGAUAUUUUUACUAAAAAAGGUUAAUGAGUACUCGUAUAAUAUUAAUACGAGUUGUAUAGUUUUUUUUUUAAUAAUUACAUUUUUAUUUUAAAAAAAAAAAACAUUAAAUUUGAGCGCUAUUUGCACUAUUCAGCUUGAAAUUUUUUCCUUUCUAUUCCAAUAAACGAAUUGAGCAACAGAAAUGGUUCUCAAUGAUGUAAUCACGAAAAAUAGUGAGUACCAAAAUUGACCCUCAAAGCCUGAGAGUUAAACGGUGUGAGUACCAGAAUUGGUACUCAAAACUCGUAGAACAAAUAUGAUUUAAAUAUGAAGGCCUAUAAUACAAAUCAUGAAAGUACCAAUUAUGGUACUCAUGGCAGUUAACUUGUUAAAUAUUAGAAUUUUACUUUAGUCAAUAACAUUAUUAUCAUCAGUGCUAAGAUUUUAUAGCAUUUGCUAGUUAUUAUAGGGUACAGAAAAAAUGAGAGAGUGAAAUUUACAUUUGUUUUAUGCGCCAAGGACUCCAAAUAUGAAUUUGUAUACUGCAUUUUUGCAUAUUUGAAGUAUUUUUAAUUUUUCAAUAUUGAAUGCUAUUUUUUGCUAAUAAACAUUAUAUAAUUAUUUAAUUUGUAAAAAAUAGUAGAAAAAAAUCUUAUCAAAUUUAUAUAUUUAAAAAAAAAAAUUUUCUUUUAAGUCAUUUUUCAUAUUUUAUGGAAUACUAUAACUUUUUUUUAAAUUUUUAGUUCAUAUUAUGUUUAUUUUAAGAUUUGUUAAGUCAUAUUAAAGUGUAUAUUUUAAUUAUUUGCAGUGCUAUAAAAUGUAAGCCCUGAUCAUCAUUGUUCUUACUUUCUAAAAAUUGAUAAAUUUAAAUUACUUUUUGUACUUUGUAUAAUAGUAAAUAAAACCUAUUUAUUUUUAUGUGCACACUUGGCAAAACAUAUAUAAUACAUAUUAUUAAAGACCGGAUUUAAUUUGAUUUAAAACACACAAAAAUUGCAUAUUAAAAUUAUAUAAUUACACCAAAUAAUACGUAAAAAUUUCAUAAUAAAUUUAAUAAAUUUAAAAAAAAAUUUCGUUCAAUACUAGGAAAUAUUUUUAACAAGGAAUUAAUAAACUAACAAAUAGUUUCAUAAUUGGUGGAUUCUAGUUCUUCAAAUGCGACUAAAUAUGAUUUCCUAGGCGUCCCAUCUAAUUUACCAAUCAAUACAUUUGCAAUAGCCAAACCUAAAUGAAAAUAGUAUUUUUCAUUAUAUGAGAAAUUAAAAAAAUUAUUUAUACAAAUCUCUUGGAUUGGUUGUCUCGUCAACAACUAUAUAAACGUAAAUAUUACUAAUUAUUUAGUCCAUAACGCUUUUAUAAAUAUUCGGUAUGUAAUUUUUCCUUUAAAUUCUUUCGUCCAGAAUUGAUUUGCCAGUAUGUUUUUCAAAAAUAAUUUUAACACAUGAUUGCCCAGCUUAUUUAAUGGAAUAUUUGCAGCAACAAACGCAUUACAUAAAUCUUCAAAAAUUACACUUUUACCAUUCGAAUUUUGAAAAGUAAUCAAAAGCUAUAAUAUACAUCAUUAAAUACUAUUAUAUAGCUACUAUAGCUAUAGCAGUAAUAUAUUUACAUGAAUCUCAAAUUACAUAAUAUUUUUAAGUAACUAAAUAAUAUUAUAUUAAACAUGUUUUUAUUUGUAAACAUCAGGUUCUAAAACCUCGUCCUUACAUAAACCCACCGUACCUUCCAUAUAUCAUUCUCAAUCAGCUCCAACCACCACUUUCAUCCUAUGUUUAUUUUCAUUAAUCAUAAUUCUAACUGCAUUUUAUUCCCCACUUCUCAUGUCGUACCCAAACCAUCUCAAUCUAUUUUCUUUUAUUUCAUCUGCUAUCAACAAAUUAUAACAAAAUUAAUUCCUCCGCCCCACAGAAACAAUACUGUUAUAACUUAUUACAACAAUAUUAUUGUACUAUGUAAAUGAUAUUUAUUUAUUAUAUUAUAAUAUAUUAUAACAUAAAAUAGAAUUAUACUUAAUUACACUAUUAACAAUGUGUUCUGUUUUUACAUUCAUUAUAGCAAUACAUGUAUUUAUUAAAAUUCGCAAUUCACAAUUAACCUACAAUACAAAAAUACCUAAGGCUCACUUUUUAGUUAUCUUUUAAUACAGUGUUGCCCUAUACAACAUCCCUCAUCUUUUAGCCCUUUAAUUUAGAAAAAAUUUACAUUUUAUCAUAUUAUAUUAUCUAACAAAAUCAUUCAAUAUUAAUUCUACAAGAAUAAUUUUAAUUUUAAUAUCACAGCUUAUAUAACUACUAAUUAAAUAAUAAUAGUACACUUGUAAAAACAAAAUAUCUUACACAAAGAAACAACAAAUAAUAAUUUAUUAUUUAGAUCAUACAAACACUUUAACUUAAUUAACUUGGAUCAUAAUCACCUAGUUUGAUUGAUUUUCUAAAAGCUUUUUCUACCCUUGUCCUUUUUUAUAUCUCUUCAACAUCAUCAUUACCUUCAUAGUACUUAUUAAACUUUUGAUUAGUUGUAUGACGCAAAUGAUAUAAAGUUUGUCUAACCACAUUACCAGUCGGUAACUUUAUCUUAUACAAUCUAGGACAGUCUUUUAUCUUUUAUAUAAUUUUACAAGGUUUCCAUACAUUACCUUCUUUUACUACUACAUUCUCGCCUACGAUAUAUAUUCAUCUUUACUUUUAGUUCUCCAAUCAUAAUAUCAUUAUGUAAUUUGGGUUUUGAAUUACUCACACUGAUUGGGAACUUUAUUCUUGUCAAUUUAUUCGCUACUACCUCACAAGGUGACAAACUAUGGUAUUAUAGUGGUAUGAUUUAAGCAAUAUGUAUACAAUAUCUCUUUUUUCAAAAUUUGCAUUCCUUAACAAUUAUUUAGCAGCAAGUACUGCUUUUUCUGCCCCCCAUUUAACUGAGAAUACAUAGGACUAGAUGUUAAUAGUUUAAUAUUAUAAAUAUCACAAACAUUUUUCAAUUCACUUCAAUAAAUGGUUGAUUGUCAGAGUAAAUAACUUUUGGAUAACCAUAUAUGCUGAAAAUGCUUCUAUAGCACAAAAUAAUUUCCUUGGCCACUUUCUUAUUGAGUCUAAUUAGUUUUAACCAUUUAGAGUAAUCAAAUACUACAAUAUAUUCCCAUCUUCCAUAAGUUAAUAUAUCUGUACUUAUAACUUCAAAGAGUAAUUUAGACACUACAUGUGGAAUUAACGAUUAUUUUAUAUUAGAGCUCUUAAACUUAUCAUAUACAUUGCAUUUCGAUACAAAUUGCUGUAGUUCAUUAUUUAGACUCACUCUUAUCUCAUCUAUAAUAGGUAUUAAAUGAUACUCUUUAAUAAUAAUUUUAUUUAGUUCUAAUGGAUCCAGAUAUAUAAGCAAUAUCUUAUUAGGUUUUUUAAUUAUUAAAAUAUAACUGCAUCAUUUACUAGGACUGUCUAGUAUUAUCACAUUAUUUCUGGUCAUUUCUUCCAAUGAUUUUUCUAAUUAAAUUUUGAUAGACUCUGGAACUCUUCUUGGCAGCUUAAUCCAGGCCUCACUAUUACCUUUAGUUUUAAUAUAACAUAUUUCUAGGAAACUUCCAAAAUCCUCAAAAAUAUAUAUAUCAAUUAUUUGUUUUGCAUCAUUACUUUCUUUGCUAUUUAUUUCUAUUUUACUGACCAAAUUAAGUUUUACACAUACAUUUAAUCCUAUAAUAGGAACACAUCUAACUUUUAAUUCAUCAUUUACAAUUAUGAACCUCAGUAUAACAUUUUGGUUAAAAAUAAUACAAUUCAUUUUUACAGUCGCGAUUAGCUUUAGAACAUAUCCUCUAUAUGCUUGUAUCUUUGUAAUUAAUUUUUUCAAUAAUUUCAUUAUAUUUUACUCUAUUAAAAAGACUUGGAAGCAAAAUAGCAAUAUCCGAACCUGUCUAACUUAAAUGCAAUAAAACAGUUAUUAAUUCUUACAUUUUUAAACCACCUUUUAUUGUUAUUAUUAUUAUUAUUGAACUGAUGAUCCUGUUUACUUAUAUUUAAUACUACUACAAAAUAAACAUCAAAUAAAUUAUGCUCAAAAUCACUAUUAACUAUUAUUAUAUUUAAAUUCAUUACCCUCUGCUGUUAUUAGUUCUGCACCCAACCAUGAAGUGAUUUAGUUUUCCACAACUACUAUAUUUCUUUUCAAACACAGGAUAGCUCCUUGGACCAUGUUUAUAUUCAUACUUUUUGCCCUCAUAUUGUUAGGUGACUUGUGACGUUGAAUCACCUUGCCUGUCUUACUGUGUAUUCUUCUCUUCUAUCUUCUUUGGAUUCUGUAUCAGUUACUCUGAUUUUUUUGUAUUUUCAUGAAAAAUCUUGUGUGCAUUUUUCUCCUCAAUUGACUUUCCAUUAUCGAUUAACAACUGUUGUUGAUAAUGUGCCAACUCAGCAGAUUUACAGUGUUCAAUAGUUUUGGUAAGAACUAAGUCUGGUACUUUUAAGAGCGUUUCUUGGAAACAAAUGUCAUUAAUACCCAAUACUAUUCUAAUAAGUAGUAGGUAUUUAUACCAUAAUAUCUUCUUAAACACCAAAUUCAUAUCAUUCGGCUAAAUUACAAAUAUACUAAAGAAAUGUAUCAAAAACUAUGCUCUCUUCCUGGCAUCCGUGGAAAAAUUUAAACUGUUUGAUUAUAAUGUUUGUUUUAGGUUAAUAAUAAUUUUCUAUUUCUUCAAAAAUGUUUAAAGAACCUAGAUUCGUUUCACUUGUAAUAUUAAUUGAUUCUAAAAACUCAUGUUUUAUUUUGAAUAACACUUAACAGAAUUUUUUAAUUUCUCUGACUUUGCAUCCAAAUAAUUGGCUAACAAAUAUAUCUUAAACUUAGUUUUAAAUAAUUUUAAAUUUUGUAUUACCAUUGCCGGUUCACUGAUAUCAAAUGAUAACGGAGUAGGAACCACUUUUUGUCCAUUUGACUGCCUAAUGUUAUAACUUAUAUUGUUGUACUGGAUAAACAAAAUUGAUUUAUUAUAUUAUAAUAUAUUAUGACAUAAAAUAGAAUUAUAUUUAAUUACAUAAUUAACAACAUGGUUUGUUUUUACAUUCAUUAUAGCAAUGCAUGUGUUUAUUAAAAUUCGCAAUUCACAAUUAACCUAUAAUACAAAAAUACCUNUACAACAUCCCCCUCUUUUAGCCCUUUAAUUUAGAAAAAAAUUACAUUUUAUCAUAUUAUAUUAUCUAACAAAAUCAUUUAAUAUUAAUUCUACAUUCAAAACUACAAUAAUAAUUUUAAUACACUUGUAAAAACAAAAUGUACGUUUAUUUUUUGUAAAAGUAUUUUCUUCUUUCGAAUUUGUGCACUACUUUCAAACCCUCGUUUAAACAUUAUUUUUAAUUUCAAAUAAAUAAUAUUAAUUAAAUUUGUUCUGUUUUAUUUGUAGUUAUUGGCAUAGGUCAAGUUUGAAAUUUCACAAUAUAGCAUAUUAAGCAAUAUAGGCACCUACUCUAUAAACCAUUUCUGGUAGUCCGAUAUAUGAUACCUACUCAUUAUUGUAGAUAGUAAAUUUUAUUAGAAAGUUCGACCAAACUGUGUAUAGAAUAGUUAGACCUAGUUUCAUUUUUUCGUAAUUUAAGAUUUUGAGACAUUAGUACGAUAAUAACAAUAGCAGCUAGUGUUAAAAUAAUUGUGUAUUGUUUUUAAAAAUAGUGACAUCUGUUUUUACAUUAAAUAUGUUGCAGAACCUGAAAACCGCAGCCAGCAAAGUACUAGCUGCACAGAAAAACGUAAAAAAUCCGAAGAAAAUAUUAAAGCAACCACCUCAACUGCAGUUACACCUGAUCCAAUGCACACAAAUAGAUUCAAAAUUCAAAAAGUAACCAGUGAUCAUGAAAUCGAGGGAAAUUUUUAUGAAAAUACGAAUAAAUUUGAGCAUAAUAUGAAUUCCACUAUCAGUGAUAAUAAAAAAUCUAAUGAUAACAUAGAUAACGAGGAAAAUAACUCAGCACAAAGUGAUAGUGAUGAAGAAAUUUUAAAAUUUAAAGAUACUGCAUAUUUAAUAAUGCCUACCGUGACAAUUAAUUACAAUGAUGUUUUGUAUAAUUUUAUUAUUCAUGAUGAAAGAGUAAAGAAAUUCAUGUUAAAUGGUGAAAUGAUGGAUCUUGACAUUGGUAAAGCUUAUGAUCCAAAAGAAAUUGAUGAAAUUGUUGAUCACAUAAUUAUUUUUGGUACACAUUAUUAUUUAGUAAAAUGGAAAAAUUGGUUUAAAGGGUUUAAUACGUGGGAAUGUUUUGAUAAUCUGUCAAANAUGAAUGUAACAAGACUUGCAAGUGUACAGACAGCUGUUCCAAUAGAGUUAUCCAGUUAGGUAGUGCUGUACGCAUUUCCAUUUAUAAAACAAAAACAUGUGGUUGGGGAAUUAAAGCCUCUCAAGAUAUUGCCAAAGGCAAUUUCAUUGCGAUUUACUCUGGAGAAAUAAUCACGAGAAAAGAAUCAUACAAAAGAUUAUGUGAAAACACUUCAUCGGCCGAUUUUAUGUGGAACUUAGACUUCGACGAUCCAAUUGAUUACGAAUACGUCAUUGACGCUUCCAACUACUCAAAUUUCACGCGUUUCAUUAACCAUUCGUGUGACGCCAAUUUAAACGUGCAUACUGUCUGGGUUGAUUGUCUUAAUAGAAAUCUACACCAGUUAGCAUUAUUUACCAGUCGAUAUAUUUCGGCUGGUGAACAAUUGACUUUCGAUUAUUUUUCCAGACAUGGUGGCACAUUAGAAACAACUGACAUUAGAUGUCAAUGUAAUAUAAAAAAUUGCCGAGGCUACUAUUUUUAA